AUGUAUAAAACGAUGGACGCUACCAACUGGUCAACAGCCUCUUCGUAUUGUCGACAAAAACAAGGCAAUCUUGUCUCAAUUCACAACACCAUUCAGAACAACAUUUUGGCUCAACUUCAAAGAAAUGUGACCGGUUUUGACGCCGAAUUCUGGCUGGGUGCUGCAUUGAGCGCAAAUGGAUCGUGGACUUGGUCUGAUGGGACACCGUUUGACUAUCAACAAUUUCAGCAAUCAUCCGAGAAAGGCAAUGAUGCAGUCUUGGAUUCGAGAGAUCGCCUAUGGAAAAUCAAAGGACUGUCAGUGGCAAGGAAUUUCUUUUGUGAAGCUUUAGUGUUGACAACCACUGCUCAACCCGUCACUUCUCAACCCGUCACUUCUCAACCCCAACUCUGCUUACCUGUUGAACAACAACCUCUGUACAAUUGUAAAAACGGUUGGCAAUACUCGCCAGACACGGGAUAUCAAUAUUUGGUGAUUUACGAUACAAGCUCCACCAAGGCUCAAGCCGCUUGUCAAGCCCAAGGAGCCCAGCUUGCAUCAAUUCACAGUCAAGCAGAAAACGAUUUCAUUACAGGUCUCUGUUGUGAAAAUGGCUGCAAUUUCGUUGGGCACGACAGCACUUAUGGAUGGUACCUUACUGGAGGAUUUAAACAAAAUGGAUCCUAUCAAUGGAUUGAUGGUACUCCGUUUGACUUUCAGGGAGAUAUUUGUGAUGAUGAGGGUAAUGGUUCGAAGCUCGUUGUCUAUAACUAUGACACAAAUUGUCAUCGCCACGAUUGUGGACGCGGAAUUUGGGGGCUCUGGUCAUCGAACCCCUUGGUUCCGCCAUACGUGGUCUGCAAGAAGAAG